GUGUGUGUGUGUGUGUGUGUGUGUUGGUAUACGAUAGUGACUGCCUCAUUCGUUAUUCAUGUUACUCGCUUAUCUUUUAUCUGCUGCAUAUUUUGAGGAACAUCGGAAACUCCUCGCCUGCAGGAGAACACGGACGCACACGCUUAGCGAUAGUAAUGGCCCCGUCUGCAGGAGUCACGGAUGUCUUCGGGAAAUUGUCCGUGGUUCCCCUCGUGUUCUCAUCUCCACGCCCUUGUCUCCGCGCCGACGACUCGCACUCACAAACUUAAACAAAACACAUGAUUUGCAUUUUUGCUAACACGGCUACUUUUUAAGUCACAUUGUCACAAACUCCGCUUCACCGACCCUGCCAAAACAAUGCUUAUACCGUUUCAACAACCCCCGUAAAGCCGUUUCUUGAGGCUCCAUAACACGCUCUCCUAGCCACAUAUAAUAACGCAAGAACAGAAGGAUGGUGGUAUCAGAAUGUAUAAAUAACUCAAGUGGGAAUUCUUGCAAGGGGACCACAAGGACACAAGCCAUUGGCUAGACGAGUAGUGAGCCGACACCAAGCGGGGAGCGAUAAGGGUUCUGGUUCUGACUGGCCGCUCCUGGGAUGUCACACCCGGCAGCCGUAACACACAGAGGCGAGACUCAUAAGUGAAAAAACACGAUGACACUGAUGAAUAACUCUCCUGUGCCGCUAAUCCCCUCUCUGGAAAGGAGUGGGCGUGGAGCUGCAUUAAAGGGUUAAACAUUUCGAUGCCCAAGCAUUAAUUCACAAUUGCCAAAACUUUCAAAGGUGUUGUGAGCAUUUCGAUGGGGGGUUGUUAGUUUAUGGCUCUGGUGGUAGUUUGACGAAGCUUCUGAGGAAACACUUGUGAUAACCCGUUUAACCUUCUUUCCGGCCUUUGGAAAUAAUUGAUAUGAGUGAAAAAACGUCUGAGAUUACCGACCUUAAUACAGGGACUGGGAAAUAGGUGUUUGAACUUUGGAUUACGCGAACUGAGUUAACAUUUUCUUCAUCAUCACUACUACUACUACUGCUACUACCACUGGUGCCACGUGCAGGGCUGAGUUGUUGCGCCUCACCUUCCCUAUAGUCAAUCAAUGCGUCAAUCACCGUCUAGUAAGAACACAGGCACCGUAACUUCCCUUUCUAUCAUGUUCUCAGUCUCCUCCGCCGCCGCUACCUCGUGUUAAGGCGACCUACUGUUGCCUCCUUCCCUCCCUACCUCCCUCCCACUCUCGCUCCCUCCCUCCCUCCCUCCCUUCCCAUGUUGUGCGUACAUGCAAUCCCUUAUCAAUCACCACGCGAGAACUAAACUGACUGUGGGAGUGAUAGGGUUGAGCUGUGUUGGGUGAGGGAUGGUGGUGGUGCUGGUGAUAGUGGAAGUGAAGAAGGUUGUGGUGAUAGUUGUCAUGGUGAUGAUGGUGAUGUGACUGUGAUGGUUAUGAAGGUGGAGGAGUUGAAUUGGUUGUGCUGAUGGUUGUGGUGAUUUUUUUUUCCGCCAAUGGCGCCGGUAGGUUUUCUUGACUGGGUCUGAUGAUCGGCCCCAGCCCGUUGUGGCACAGGCAAGUGUUUAUAGUGGCGCCAUCUUACUUGGCUCAUGCUGCCCCCCGGAACUCAUCAAUGACCCUUUCUCUUAGAGAGAGAAUCUAGUGUCCGGGCUGACAGGUGGUCUUCUGGAAAUGUGGGUAGUCUUAAGCCACUCGCCGAUGACUGAAAAAUCUCAGCGAGGCACCGGGCGGGGCGCGAGCCCCCGUCGUCCUGGACGCGACGCCGACCUCAUCAUGUUCCUGUGGCGAUCAAUGUGUGUGACGACUUGGCGAGGAGGUGCCGCGUUGCUGUUGUUGCUGUCGGUGGUGAGCAUCUCCUUCUACUUCUACACUUACCUCCAGUGGCGCCUCCCCUUCAAGCGUGAGUCUAUACUGCCGUCAGUACAGAGCGAGGACUGCAUCCCCAGCAGAAAGGAGCUGGCGAGACGGCUGAUGCGGGCACAGCGGCAGGUGGAGAGACUGGCAGGUAAAGUGGACGGCACAGCUGGUCCCUCGCUGGCCCAAGAGCUGCGGGCCAUCGCUCGGGAGCUGGACCCGCGGAUCGCCACGGAGGACGCGGCGCCCCGACCCCUGACCGGCGCUGUGUGCGGGGAGGUGUAUCGCGACAGCGAUGUCGACAUGGUCUGCCACCAGAACUACAUGCAGAUGAAGUGUGACGAUGCGCCGCCCUUCAAGGAGGUGCUCACUGUCAUCCUGUCGACUAAGGGCUGGGAGGCGCCGCGCGUCAGGACGGUGGUGCAGAACAUCAGGAAGUACUACGACCUGGACGUGGUGGUGCUGAGCUACGGCUCCGGCGGUGACCUCGGGACGCUGCGGGGUGACGGUGUGUCUGUGCGAACCCUGAGCGCCGACACUUCGGCGUCCUCCGCCAUUAACAGGGAGGUGACGAAGGUAAGGACGCCGUUCGUCCUCCUGGCGGACUCCUUGACGCACUUCGCCGGAAACUUGUGUUCCCUGGAGCGGCUGGUGAGAGUCCUGGACCACGAGGGACAGGCAGGGGUGGCGGCAGGGAGCUACAGGACACUGGACGGCACCUGGCACCACGGGUGUCUGCUGCGGCGGAUGGAGAACUACCAGCUGGCCUACGCGUCAGGCUACGAAAACUCCCGCCACGAGUGCAUGUUUUGUGACGACGUCGUGGGCCCGUUCGUGGCGCGCACCGCCCUGCUGCGGAAGCUGCCGCUGAGGGACGAAAUGGAGAGUCCCGCGACACUUCGGGACUGGUUCAUCAGCGUGCAUAUCUCCGGCAGCCUCGCCGUCGUGUGUCCGGACGUCAUGUUCUUCGUGGACGAGGCGCCAGCGAUGACCCGCCAAGAGUGGCUGCAGGUGGCCGCCAAGUGGGCGGUGCAGCACGUGUGGCCUCACAAUGGGGAGAAGCUUGAGUUCUCGUGCCCGGAGCUCAACAUGGAGUGUGUCAACCUGGUGAAGAUGGUGUCGUCCUUCCUGGUGCCGCCGUGCUGCCGCGACGAGCUGCGUCGAGAGUUGGGUCUGGUGCAGGAGUGUGGCGAUGAGCUGGGCCUCUACGUGGAGCUGCAGGCCGGCAGCCUCCUCGGCGCCGUCAAGACCGACGGGAUCCUGCCGUGGGACUUUGAUAUGGACGUGAUGACCGACUGCAAGGACCAGGAGGCUUGGAUGGAGAAAGGCAUAAAGUGCAUGGCGCGGAAGGGAUGCAGCGCCGUCCACAUGAUUAGCAGCUACUGGACGGCCACUUGCAACGUGUCCGUCGUCGACAUCUUAUGCAGGCCCGAGAGACUGACGCCGCUGCCGCCCGAGUUGCGCGGCGUCCCGACACGAGUUAACUACAACGGCAGGAUGAUUGUAGUGCCGCCCAACCCCGCGAUGGUCGCCAGGAACUGCUAUGGCCCCGAGUACCUCCGUCAUGAGGUGCACUGGCGCUACACGGGCGAGGACAAGGGACUCCGCUGGAACCGCUGCGCCGCGCCGGGCUUCCACGCCUGCCUCGAAAACUUCCCCACCGAUGGCAAUAUUAAGUUCAACAAUUUCGCUCAGCAGCUGGUGGGACUCUGACACCCGCAGCUCCUACCCGUCAUCGUCCUCGGCCUACAUCGUCUCCUCUGAGACCCGAGGAGGACAGGCUGGGUCGUGGCGGCGCCGGGCUGGCGGUACUCUGUGCUCAGGAAAUCCAGACACAUCGCUUACACACACAGGGGGAGGGAGACACAGGGACAUGUUCUUAUCUUUAUCGUUCACGGACAGGAACAUUCAGGGCUCGCGGCCAGGCGGGCGUCGGACACUGGCAGCAGGACGUGCGUCACAAACGACCCUUGACCCGAGUGUUACUUACGUCAGUGAUGCUUCCAGAGGCAUUGCAAACACCCUCCCCCCGCAGACAGAACGAACAGCAAUUAACUUGUACAGAAAAUAAUUUUGGCUUCGAAGAGAGAGAGAGAGAGAGAGAGAGAGAGAGAGAGAGAGAGAGAGAGAGAGAGAGAGAGAGAGAGAGAGAGAGCUAUGGGGGAGUAUGAGGCAAUAGUCUUCCCCCGUCACUACGCCUCACCCUCCCCCGGGCUGCCCCUCUCCCCCGCCUCAGCCUACGCCCACCUACAGCCCUCCCAGCACCCUUGAAACAGGACUCCGAGGGUGGGGGCAACACGGGUAGGGGAGGGAGGGGGCGAGGGGAACAAGAGCGCCUCCCCCGGGAACAUGCUCCUUCGAUUCUGAAACUACUUUGUCGGAACCCUCGAUCAUGCUGUCACAGGAGAACCCGCCCCCCAAAGAAAAAAAAAAGGAAAGAAAAGGAGUAUUAGACAUGGGAGAAAAAAAAAUAACAGGAGAAAAAGACAAACUUAAACCACUAACGUUGUAAACUCUCGUCUUCCUCGGCGUCGAAACAAGACACGAAAACAACACCAAAGAAAUAACACGAGUAACAAAUGGACACACGAACUGUUUUGAGUGACCACGAAUCGUCCGUUUCACUGCUGUCCAUCUCUGCUUCUCAUCCAGGCGACGGAGGGAGAUAGAAAGACAGAUGACGACCAACACGGAACAUGGCUCACCACCACACUUCCUGCGCCGAGUAAAGUCCGUUGAUAUUUUUCGGAGGGAAAGUUAGAAAGUUUCGUUUAGUCGGCGCAACAUUUGUGGUCAUAUGCCGGAGAGACAGAAGGGGAAGGAAUUAUAGAAGGGAACAUCCCAGGAGACGGGACACAACCCCCGAUUAAUACCUGGUACCCACUCACUGCUGGGUGGACAGGGACGUAGGGUAUCGGAAAAGCCGCCCAAAUUUUUCCACUCCGCCCGGGGAUCGAACCCGGGUUCUCCCGGUUGUGAGCCGAGUGUGCUAACCACUGCACCACGAAGCCCCCUCCUCCUCCUUUACUGGUAUCAAAUAAAAAAUAUAAAGAUAAAAAAAUCAAUAAUAAAUCAAACCAAUCAAUUUAAAAACUGCAAAUAGCAUAACCAAAAAAAAAAAAAAUCGGAAAAGAACGCCAUCAGACAGAAACAAACGAAAAACGAACCAAAAAUAAAUAAGUAAACAAAA